AUUGCGGAUAGCUUGUUGCAGCACUUGUACCGGUGGGUUAGCUCGCCUGCCUCGCCGCUGCAUGACCCGGGGCUGCAGCGGCUGCUGCUGGGGCUGCAGCACAAGCUGUUCCUGCAGCUGUGCGCGGAGGUGCGGCGGCUGGGGGCGGUGAUCGUGGCGGCCAACACGCAUUCCAUCACGCUGUGCACGGGGAAGAGGAGCGUCAAGGCGGCGGCGGGCUACACCCGCUUCCUGAUCGAGGCGCUGCGGGGCCGGGAGCUGUUCCGCUGGCUGGAGCUGUCGCCCGCCGCCUGGUACCACGCCUACAUGUACCGCGACCCAUACAACUGGGCGGGGCUGGAGAGCAGUGCGGCGGGGGCGGAGUGGCGGG